UUAAAUAUUACGCUUUAUUUACUUUUAAAUCAUAUAUAUAGGGAUAAAAUUAACUUAUUUAUUAAAUAUUCCGUUAACUAUAUUAUAAAAUCCGAGUUCUUUAUUACCUUCUCUAAGGCCUAUAAUAAGAUCUUUAUAAAUAAAACUAUUAAAUCCGCCUUCUAUAAAGCUAGUAUUUUACCCUAG